UGUUUUUCGACAUCGGCAACUUGCUACCGCAUGGGUAACAUGUUCCAUACACGUUCAGAACGUAUUCGCAUACUAAUACAUUAUAGACGGCUCGGAAUCUGGUACGAUGUCGACUCCAGACCCUGGAGUCGACGAUGAACAGAUCCUCGACCUGCUAAACGACGAAAUACGCAUAGCCAAUACAGCGGAAGACCAAGGAGACAAUGAUGUCCCUCAAGCCCUGACUAUGCUGGCGAGGAAUUCAAGGCCACCACUUACUACGCUUUUCUUAGAGUAUACUACAGUACUUCCAGACUAUCCUCAAACACAUCCAGAUGGCUAUACAUACUGUAUAAAUCUCCAAGGGGAAGAGCAGGCAGGGAAAUGGACAAUUCAAUACGGCCAUAGGAUUCGGUAUCCUGCUAACCGGACAAGGAUUCCCUUUCUUGGAAAUACGUUCGGGAUGAAGAGUCACCUCCAGUGUACUGGUGUAAAGGUUUGCGAAUACGUUUCGAACACGUUACGGAACCUACACCAUACAACCACGUCUGAAGAGCUUUGGGAGCAGAUUCGAGGAUCGCGUACGGGAAUUGACCUCACAGAGCCAGACCUAAGGAAAAGAUACUCGAAUACUCUCUAUCUUGCCGCGCAGAAGAAAUUCAAUGCGAAGACAGCUUGUACAAAUCAAGGCGAUAGCUGCAAGCUUUUAUUUCAGCUUAGCCAUUACCUGGAUGUUGCUGGUAUCUACAAUCCAUAUUUUAGAUGCUCGAACUCGACUCCAGAAACGCGUUCUAAACACUUUUUUAAAGCGAUCGCAACCGACGGGCGUUAUAAUAUUGAUCAUCUCUGUGAGUUAGUUAACGAGGGACAGGCGCAAGAUCAUCCGUCAGAAGAAUGCGGUGUCAUUGAAGGAAACCAAACCCGGAGACCUACAUGCAAUGUAGAUCACUACCAGGGGCAAGCAGUACCAUAUAUGCUUUUUACAUCUUAUGGUACUCAUACUCAUCCACCACCGCCACCGUCAAAAGCCCCAACCAAGCUGUGUGACGAGGUUAUUAGACUGAUCAAACGGACAAGGGACGCGAAGUUAACUCUUGCGAAAUUUAUGCAAAGUGAGGCGCUCCGAGACUUCUGCCUACAGUAUAAUAAGGCUUCUUUAGCAGAAGUCCAUCAGAGCUUUGGUAAUAUGGACCGGAUUUCAGCCCUGAUUCGUAAGGAGAGACUACUUCUAAAUCCUCACGGAACCCAUUUCCAAGGUGUAGUGUUUGAGAAGGGAAUACAUCAUUCGAUAUUCGAUUCCAGAAACUGCAUACAUCCAAGAGAUUUUUGACGACGGCAACGAUAUCAUGAUUAUUUGUUUCUUCCAGCAGCAGGUCAAGCUUCUAUUUCAACAAGAUUCCUUCGAAGUUGAUAUGUCUUUCAAACGGAUUCGAC